GCGGCACAGUUUUCCCUUGUAAUUAGGCAAUUAACAUCAACUUUCACAGUAAAAAUCUCACGUACGAUUACGCGGCUGUUAAAUUUUCCGUAUCCCUCGAUUAUGUGAACUCGUCUUGAAACUUUUAGGUGAAAAUAAUUGUUACGCCCUCAACUUAUAUAGAUUCGAUUUGAAGGUUCAACGAAAAAUUCUUCUCUCCCACCCAAUUUUUCUUAAUAUUGUCGCCAAAACCAAAAACCGAAACCAAUAUCUUCAAGUACCAUGAAGGACACCCCUCCUACCCCCAUCCCAUCCUCAAUAUAGGGUAGGUGAAAAAAGCGGUAGUUGGUAGAAACAAUUGAACAACAUUGAAUAAUCCCUCUCAUAACAUUCCUUCUAGGUAUGUGCUAAGAGUGCAUGUGAUCAGAUUGAAUUAAUUUAGAUGUAGAAUGGAGCAUUUUCUUGUCUAGUCUUUGUCAUCCUAAUUUUAGAUUUAUUAUUUUCAAUCUUCAGAGGUGCGCUAUUUUGAGUUGGAAUUUUGGAAAAUGUUUACGAAAUCAAAAAAGUUAAAUACUUAAUAUGUUACACCUUUAGCUCUAAGGUACUGUUAAUGCUGCGAUAAAUAAAUUUAUGUCCAAAUAGGGCCCAAGAACUAGUAAGCAUAGGCAUCCAUUAAUGAGUUCACCUCAACGUAGCAAAACAAAGGACACGCCACCGAUAAAACGUGAAGACAUUGAGGGAUUUUAUUGGGAACCCACGGAUAAUAUGCAGCCAAGUUCUAAGCCAGUUACUGUACCAACUUAUCGUCGUAGUAAAUCCUGUUUAGAAACCAAACACUCUCCCAAUUAUAAUACGCCAGAUAUGGUACCCGAUUUAGAUCAGCCGUAUAGUAACGUGACUCCCGAUUUGCAACAGGCAUUAACUAGAACCAAGCGAUUAUCUGUUAUUGAAAAUAUCGAUAUACCAUCAAUUAUUCAGAGUGCCACCGAAGUGUUUGUGCACGAACUGGGACUCGAGGAUGAUUUAUGGCUUAAGGGAAAUGUUGAGUAUCGAGAGGUUGUAGCAGGUACUUACUUAAUGAAGGAGGAUUCAAAUAAGGAUGCUGCAUUAGUGUACAUUAUUUCUGGGUCAUUAACGCUAGCACAACGAAUGACAGACACUGAUGAGGAUGUGCACAUGUUCACGGCACAUCCCGGUGAAAUUGUCGGUGGACUGGCAGUUUUAACUGGAGAGACAAAUUUUUUUAACAUUCGUGCCAAACAUUUUACUCGUCUUGCCAUCAUUUCAAAAACCACCUUUUAUAACUUAAUGAAAGAGAAACCGGGUAUCAUCCUUUUUAUUGCUGACAUGGUAGUGAAACGACUCUCACCCUUUGUAAGGCAAGUGGAUUUUGCUCUAGACUGGGUUUUUCUCGAAUCGGGAAAAGCUGUUUACAGACAAGACGACGAAAGUGAUUCCACGUUUAUUGUAUUAUCCGGCCGUUUGCGUUCUGUUAUCACGCAUAAAAAUGGAAAGAAGGAAUUAGUUGGCGAGUAUGGUAAAGGAGACUUAAUUGGAAUUGUGGAGAUGGUUACCCAAACUAAAAGGAGUACAACAGUGAUGGCGGUUAGAGAUUCAGAACUGGCCAAAUUGCCCGAGGGAAUUUUUAAUGCAAUUAAAUUACGUUAUCCUAUUGUAGUAACAAGACUUAUAAAUUUGCUAGGUCAUCGUAUUUUAGGUAGUUGGAAAAAACCAAAUUUAAAUUUACGUACACCAAGUUCUCCAAGUUAUUCUGCGUUAGAUACUAGACCAUCUCAAAUAAAUUUUUCAACAGUAGCGAUUAUGGCGGUGUCCGAAGAUGUCCCAUUAACGUCUUUUACUUUCGAAUUGUACCAUUGUUUAAGUGCCAUAGGGCCUACUUUAAGACUGACCUCGGAUGUGAUUCGCAAAACCUUAGGGAGUAGUAUAAUGGACCCAAACAACGAAUAUCGUUUAACGACGUGGCUGGCUCAGCAAGAAGAUCAACAUAAAAUUGCAUUGUAUCAAUGCGACUUGACCUUUAGUUUGUGGACGCAACGUUGCAUCCGGCAGGCCGAUUGUAUACUAAUUGUGGGACUGGGAUUUAAACCGCCCACCCUAGGACAGGUGGAGAAAGAAGUACAAAGACUAGCUAUUAGGACGCAAAAGGAAUUGGUCUUGCUUCACCGAGAAGAUGGGCCGCGACCAAGUAAUACGGUCGCCUGGUUAAAUAUGAGAUCGUGGAUUUCGUGGCAUCACCAUAUAAAAUGUUUCAAACGUACAUUCUCGAGAAAGAGUUUAUAUCGCAUUUAUGAACUUUACGGGAAAGUUUGUCGAUCUGAACCAAAUAUACAUUCAGAUUUUUCAAGGUUGGCUAGAUGGUUAACGGGGAAAUCAGUUGGCUUGGUACUCGGCGGUGGGGGGGCUCGAGGUGCCGCGCACAUUGGAAUGAUUAAAGCUAUACAAGAGGCGGGUAUACCAAUUGAUAUGGUGGGUGGUGUUAGUAUUGGAGCUUUCAUGGGUGCGCUAUGGUGUCAAGAAAAGAAUAUCACUACCGUUACACAGAAAGCGAGGGAGUGGGCGCAGAAAAUGAACCAAUGGUGGCGUCAAAUAUUAGACCUGACUUAUCCCGCGACAUCUAUGUUUAGUGGACGUGGCUUUAACAAAACGAUUCAUGCCGCAUUCAACGAUACAUUUAUUGAAGAUUUAUGGUUACCCUAUUUUACUAUCACUACCGAUAUCACGGCCUCUUCUAUGAGAAUUCACAGCCACGGCUCUUUAUGGCGCUACGUGAGGGCAUCCAUGUCGCUAUCAGGUUAUAUGCCACCACUCUGUGACCCAACUGAUGGACAUCUGUUACUCGAUGGAGGUUACACCAAUAAUUUACCAGGUAAUUGCAUUUUACUAAAAUUAACUAAAGAGACUGCAUCAACAUCUAAAGGUAUGUUUUUGUGUGUUUGUCUACUAAUAUAAAGGAUUUGGGAUGCUUCAUUCUUCUGAUAAAAAGGUAACCAAUCACAAUAUGAGUCAAUUUUUGUCAUUUUUAAAAACAAAAGUGCUUUAAUCAGAAUUGAGUUGUUCAGCAUAGUUAACAAUAUUGAAUAUUUAG